AUGGGCUCUUACUCAGUCACCAUCCAGCUCGACAAUGCCUGGAUUGAUAACUUCAACAAGACUGGCAUGAAGUUGUGUAUGGCAAAGGCUACCAAGGACUCCAGCGGCAAGGAGUACUUCAACGUCAUUGCCAAGACAGUUGACAGCGUUCAACCCCAAAUGACCAUUACUUGGGUCGAGGAGUACAAGAUCGAAGCAACUGCCAUUACUUUCAGCAAGGGCGCCCAGAUCUCCGGCACGGCCGGGGCUAAGGACAUCAACUUUGGCCAGACCUACCAGAUUCAGAGCUGGAACAAGACUCAGGUGUUCAUGGAUACCCAGAAUGUGGAGAAGGAUUCCUUUGGCUUUGCCAACAACAUUCCCUGCUCCAUCAUGCUGAGCAUGAAGGACGGCAACAGCUUCGUGCCCGUGUACAUCUCCGAGGAAGUCGUCAUCCCUGGCAUGACCACUCUCACCCCGAUCCCAAAGGUGGUCUUUUGGUUCCAGAAGACUGUCGCGUCCCAGACCAUGAUUGUCAACACUUCGGGUACGCCCUGGUACGUCACGCCCACUGCGGGCUCCAACUCCACCAUCAAGUAUGACAAGAAUGGAGUCUGGAGCCAGGUCCUUCAGUGA